AUGGCGAUCUGGUCGGAAGACGAACGCACCGCCAUCUUUCUCAUGGCAACCGAGUACGAUCUCUCCUGGGAGCAAAUUCACGACAUCUUCGGCCGCAUGUUCACACUCGGCGCCAAUCGAAGAUAUGCGGUGGCCGUUAUACGCGACGAGGUAAGAUUGAGCCAUUGCACUUCCAUAACACACCGUACAGCAGCUGAUCUUCUCACAGUAUACACAGCGUUUCGCCAAGGGCAGAUCGAAGAUGUGGCAAGUCAUCGACACGCGAGGAGCUCCGCUCUCUCCUGCGCAGCAGCAGCGGGUUGUCCGAGUCCGCCAGGCGAUCAUCACUGUCGCUGCCCUGACAGGAGGGCAGAACUUCCUCACUGGUCGCCCCAACCAGGCGAUCCCACUUCUCCCUCGCCAGCCCGCCGCCAAUGCCGGAAAUGCUCCCGCUUUUUCAUCAAAUAUCACCUCCAUCAACGCGUCACAUUUCAGCCGUGCAGCGACUGCAGGUGGUGCUGAAAAUCCUACGACUGGCACUGGAAGAGAAGCUGAGAAUGGAGAAGCCGAGGACGUAGCAGAAGAGGACAUCGAUGAAGACACUGUCUUGCCGCGGCGAGAAUUGUCCGCGGGAGGAGAGGAUAGACCUCUCAACAUCGUACGCCCUUCAACUGGCGGUAAGCGUGUACUGGGCUCUCAGCAGACUCAGCGAGCACCGCAGCCCAUGGUUGAGGUGAUGGAGAAGGAUGAAUGCCAACCCCUGCGGAUGAUCCAUCGCUCCGAGGUCACGGAAGGACCACAGGGUGGCGUGUGGGAUAUCAACGGGAGUGUUGGAGCAGUCGAUCAAGACAGCGCAAUGUACGCUUUCGGCGGUGCAGCGCGACGGAUCCGGUCCACCACGGACCAGACUUUCCACGUCAUGAUCUGCCCAGGAAGCUUCUGCUCAUUCUGCUGCUCAGAUAUCUCAGACCAAGGCGCCGAUCGUGUAAAGCGAGCUCGUCAGUCUGAGAACAAUCCAUCUCUGGCCGACAAAGAAGACAGCGAGUAUCGAGGCAAGCCUUUUGUCCAUCUCCUGCGUGACACGAAGCAACAAGACGACUUCCACGUCUUCUUCCCACGAGGAGCCUGGAAAGCUCCGACUCAUGAAACCGACGAGAUGGAAAUUGUCUUCGACGAUCAUCAGCUGACCGUGCAUGGACGGUCAGGCCAAGUCGGAUUCCGCGAAGCAAGCGUCUGCGAGACAUACCGUUGCGGCCUUUGCAUCGACUGGUCUCUGCAGAACUCACCAUCUCUCGUCAUGAUACAUUCAUGGGAGGUCGACACUGGAGCGAUCAAUCCAGUCUGGCGUCAGGACACAUCCGUUGGCAUUGUCGGCGAGAAGACUCGUUUAAAGCAGUACGGCGGCGGAGUCAUCAGACUCGUGGUUCAGUACGGCGAGAACAAGCUCACCGCGGACAUGAUGCUCUGUCAUGAAGCAGUGUGCUCGUACUGCAAGAGCGCUCCCCACGGAGACGCCACCUCGGACACUGUUCGCCGAGCUGCUCUCGAUGCAGCAAAUAAUUCCAACAUCGACAUCGGAGCUUCGCCGUACAGGCUAGCAGGAGAGAACCACGGACGUCCAUUCGUGCACGCUGCACGGGAUACGCAGCUCACCUUCCUUGGACGUGAGUUCAGUCCGAAGGCUCCUCACAACACCAAUGUUCCUGGCAUCAAGCCGGCUCAGGUGCUGUUCGACGACACGCAGCUUGGAUCAAAGAACGGUCGCAAGGACUCCAGGGGUCUGCGAGAAGCUGUCAUCUGCGACUUCGAUCAGUGCAAGGCUUGCCAAGAAUGGUUCGCCGCGCAUCCUGGGGAGCGACCGUGA